AUGGAUGAUGCUCUGGAGGCCGGUUCGCUGUCAUGGAUUAUCCCAUUUGCCUUCAAUGUAGGGGAGACUAAGAAUGGACCAAGGUCCAAGUUGGGCUCGAGAAAAAUUCCCUUCAUAUGGCCGGCACCAAAAACUGUGAAUGAGGAUGAGAUGAUCACAUUGGAGCAAAGCAAGGCGAGCAGAAAGGAACUCGAAAAGAGCCUUAAAGCCAAAGUCAGUACAAUAACUGCUAAAGAUCUUUAUAGGCCAAGGACUACAUACAGUCGUGCGGAUUGCGUGGUUUACACGGUCACCGGAGUCUUGGGUAGCGAUGGAAAGAACGACCUCGAGGCGAUCGGCAAAAAAGAAUACGUUCAUAAGCUUGAAUGUGAACUUCAAGAGCUCACCUCGGCAGCAGCACAGUUCAGCAACUUCCUCAAGCGAAACGCCGUGAUGACCUACAAUGAUGCGACGCUAGAUUACAUCGACCGGAACAUAGAAGAGGAGAGAGAUAAAAUAAUGGCUGGUGGAAGCAGAGACAAGUUUGAACGGUUGACUCAAUAUCGAAAGCAGUAUCAGCAGGAGAUCAGAGCUUUGGAUGAGCAGAUGGCCAAGGGAAAAAACAGCAAGCUUCUCGAACAGCCAGAUGUUGAGAAUCUAGUUCUGAAAUUGCACGCGUUGCCGCAUUAUGGCAAGAUGCUGAAGAAUCUUGGGAAUGUUUUUGAGGUGUAUUCUUUUUGUGAGCAGCGAGAGAAAUCUCAUGUCAUAAAAUCGAAACCGCAUUUCGCGAAGGGGAAAGUGCUGGUGAAAGUCCCUCAGAGUGUGCCCCUAUCUAAGAAACCGUCCAACCAGGUGGCAAAAACAAGCAGCAGUGGCAGCAUGGGUCUAUUUGGAAAAUUGCCUUUCGUAAACAGUGGGAAAAAAUGA